AUGUCGCGGUUCUGCGGGCCAAAGUACAAGAGCGGGGACCUGGUGUUCGCCAAGUUAAAGGGCUACGCCCACUGGCCGGCCAGGAUCGAGCAAACGGCCGAGGCCAACCGCUACCAAGUGUUUUUCUUCGGGACCCACGAGACGGCCUUCCUGGGCCCCAAGCACCUCUUCCCGUACGAGGAGUCCAAGGAGAAGUUCGGCAAACCCAACAAGAGGAGGGGCUUCAGCGAGGGGCUGUGGGAGAUCGAGAACAACCCCACAGUCCAGGCUUCCGAUUACCGGUUGGCCCAGGGGGAGAGCUGCGCUGAGGGGCCCGAGCCCAAGCCGGAGCCGGCGGCCACCGACGGCGCCGGGGACCCGGAGAGCCACACCGACGGCAGCGGCGGCGCCGAGCAGGGGGAGCCGGGCGUCGACCCGCCGGCCGAGGAGGAGGAGGAGGACGACGACGACGACGACUACGAUGACUACGACGACUACGACGACGAGAAGGCGCGGCUGAAGAGGAGCGCGGGGGAGCCGCCGCCGGAGCACAUCCCCAAGCGUCCCAAGGAGGCCGAUCCCGAAGAAGGGGAGAUGGAGGAGGCGGCCGCCGUCGCGGAGGAUGUGAGGCCGCUCCUCGUGGAGGCGGAGAACAACCGCGUCGCAUCCCAGCCAGGCCCGGGGGAGCAGGAGCCAGAGGAAGGGGCUGCGGAGAGAGAGGAAGAGGCUGAGGAGAGAGAGGCGGAGGCUGCGGAGAGAGAGGCCGAGGCCCCAGGCGUCGGAGGCCUCGAGAGCCAGUAG